AUGCUCUUGGAGCUGAUUGACAGCAUGGGCUUCCGUGGACAAUAUGAUUUCUUGUACCUCCCCAUUGAUUUCCAGACCCAUGCCUGCCUGGGCUAUGCGUUCGUCAAUUUGGUGGAUCCAGGUGUGGUGCCCUCAUUUUGGAGGUCGUUUGAUGGCUUCAGCAACUGGAGCCUGCCCAGCAAGAAGGUUUGCUACAUCAGCUGGAGCGGUCCUCAUCAAGGCACGACUGUCUGA